ACAGCUCCAACCAUUCAAUGCUCCACCCAAGUCUCCUUUCUCUGUUCCCAUUCCACCCCUCCAUCUGCUCUUCUCUCUCUUUUCCCCCCACCUUCCUCCCUUCUCCCACUCUUGCCUUGCAACUACUCAUUCUCUCAGAAAGAGGAGACAGAGAUGGAGCGGUUGGGGACGGCGCUUAAGAACAGGUUCCAGCUGGAGGUGCUCCGGUCGGACGCUGACCACCAGGGGCUUGCCGCCGCCGGCGGCGAGGUGGGAUGGGCGGUGGAGCGGAGCGCGCUUUUUGGAGAGGAUUUCUCCGUCGACGACCUUCUCGACCUUGGGGGAAUCAUGGAACUGGAGGAAAAAGAGGCAGAGGAAGAGGAAGAAGAGGAACAAGUGGAGAGAGCUGAAGCAGAAUCCUUCCAAAUUUCAAACUCCACCUCCGCCGUCUCCCCCUGCGACCUUCUUGCUCCUACUGAAAUCGAGUUUCCGAAUGAUGAUGUCGAAGAGCUGGAAUGGGUGUCUCGUUUCUUUGAUGAUUCUUUCAUGGAGUUGUCGCCGUGCUCCGAGAUAACUGCCCCCUCCUUGAAGAGACUCAUCCCUUCCAUGGAAUCCCUGGCUCCCGUCAAAGCCAAGAGGAGCAAGCGCUCGCGAGCCGCCGCCGGCGGGGUCUGGUCCACGGCGGGCCCUCUCCCCCUCGCCGACUCCUCCUCCUCCACCUCCUCAAACUCCUCCUGCCUUUCUUCGCCCUCCUCCUCCUCCUCUUCCUCCUCCUCCUCCUCCUGCCUCAUCUACGACUCGGCCGUCCCCGGCUUCGCAGCCCCCGACCUCGUCCUCCUCGCCGGAACCCCACCCCCCGCGCAGAAAGAAAGCCAGAAGAAACGGGGGCGGAAACCGAAACGGCCGAAGCCGCAGUCGGCGGCGGUGGGAGGCAGCGGCGGAGGAGGAGAGCGAAGGUGCAGCCACUGCGGGGCCCAGAAGACGCCGCAGUGGAGAGCAGGGCCGCUGGGGGCGAAGACGCUGUGCAACGCCUGCGGCGUCCGGUUCAAGUCGGGCCGCCUCCUCCCCGAGUACCGUCCGGCCUGCAGCCCCACCUUCCUCAGCCACGUCCACUCCAGCAGCCACCGCAAGGUCCUCGAGAUGCGCCGCCAGAAGGAGGAACAGCAGCAGAAGCUCCUCUCCGCCUCCUCCACCGUCGCCGCCGCCGCGUCGGCGGUGCCCGUUCCUUCUUUCUGACCCACCGCGGUUAAAAGUAGAAAGUAAUUCGAACCGGACCGGAUCGGUUCUAGACUUCUAGUGUACAUUUUGGCCGGCUCUGCUGCAACGGAAUAGUCUUUUAGGUAGGCCUCAUCCAUAAAGCGGUCGGUACCAGACGGUAGCUUUCUUUCUUUCUUCCUUUCUUGUUUGUUUUUUUCUGGUUAAUUGUAGUGUUUAGCUUUUUUGAAUUUGAAAUUAGGCUUUCCAUUUGAAAGGUUAGGAUCAAGUCCUAAUAGACUUAGCCAGGGUAGAAUCUAGUUUAGUAUGUAUUCCUAACCUAACCCAGUUAGUGGGGUAAAGAUGGUUCUUCUUUAUAAAGUAUGCAUUCGUAUGUAGCUUUGCUGAAUGCUUUAGAGUGAAGUUUGUGUGGUUAAAUCUAUACGGUCUUAUUUCUGUGCCA